AUGUCAUCCCAUGUCCCCCGCCAGGAUCGCCAUCGACGAAUCCUGCCGACACCUUCCGAAGGACCACCGCUCACGACGAGGACAUCGGCGUCAAGCUCGGAACUACCAACAACGAGACGGGCCCCGCGUCGUCAAGCUCCGGCGGCCUGCCAGGAAUGUCGCAAGCAAAAGACCAAGUGUUCCGCCCACAGGCCGCAGUGCCUGCGCUGCCAGCGCCUCAGCAAGGCGUGCGUCUACGACACGGCGCAGCUCGAGACGCCGCGGCAGUCGCUGCGGCGCAAGCACGGCGAGCUCGAGCUGCGCAACUCCAACCUCGAGCACCUCUUUGGCUUCCUGCGCGACGCGCCCCGAGGCCGACGUCGCCCGCUUGUGGACCGGCGCGUCGAGGCCAUCCGGGGCUCGGCGUGGACGUCCGUCGCGGUCGCCGACAGCGUCGUGCGGCGGCUGCUGGGCGUGUUCUUUAUCCUGCAGCAUCCCUUCUACACCUUCUUCGACAAGGACAUCUUCCUCGAGGACCUCGUCUCGGAGAGGCACAGGUUCUGUUCGCCGCUGCUCUUCCACGCCGUCAUGGCCGAAGCCUGCCACGGCUACAGCGCCAUCUCGGAUCGAUACCGGUUUUGGGACCCGCAGAAGCUCACCUACCAGUUCUUGGCCGAGGCGAGGAGGCUGUGGGAGAUCGAGAUGCAGUCGGGAGAGGAUAAGAUCGCCACAGUCCAGGCUGCCAUGAUCCUGUGCGCCGGGUACUCGACCACGGGCCUGGACCAGCUCGGCACGGAGUAUCUACGACAGGGGGCCCGGAUGGCAGAGAGACUGCAGAUUUUUGGAUCUCUGGACCACGUUCAGAAUCCGCUGCGACGUAGGGUGUACGGCAUGACGGCAUGGGCUCUCUUUGGAUAUCAGGGCCGCCUGUGCUCACGACGCCCCCCGACGAGCCGCUGGCCGACAUCAAGGGCCUACAUGCGAUACGGUGGAGAUCUGGGUUCGGUAUCGUCCGCGGCCGAUGCCGACGUCGGUGCAGUUCGGCGAGACGUUUAUCGUGUUCAGCCAGCUCGAACCAUCAUGCGCAGAUUGCCGACCUGCAGCGCGCAGAGGCCGCAGGGACGAGCUGACGCCGCGAUGCCGCCGUGUUCAGACGAGAACUGUCCGCGUUACCACAACGACAUGCUCUCGCUGUUCGACUCGUUGGCCGACCAGAGCAGCGGGUCGCCGGUGGCGGCGUACCGCGAGAUCUGCGCGCACUCGCGGCAGUGCCUCGACGUGCUGGUGCGGCUGUACUACCUCCGGCACGGGUUCGAGAGCUGGAACGACUCGCUGCCGACGUGGCUCCUCUACCUGGCGCAGCUGUGCAUCCGCGACCUCGCGCGCGCCGACGACCCGCUCGCCGACGAGGCCACCGUGUCGACGCUCAUGCUGUGCGCCAAGGGCCUGCAGGACCAGGGCCGCAGCCUGUACAUCGCGCGCGUCUUUCUUCCACAUUCUGCGCCGCGCGAUGCCGCCGGCCGUCGCCGAGGUGCUCGAACCGCGACGUUACGGCCAUGGUCGACGAGCGGUCCAACACGGGCACGGGCGCGCAUCGCCUGCGGGCCAGCUGGCCGGUGCAGACCAUUUCCAUCUCGGACGAGCCGGACCGGUUACUCGAGAGGCUGA